AUGAUAGAACCACACGAAAAGUUGCUGACGCUCUCUGACGGCAGAACGUUAGCUUAUGCCGACAACGGCGACCCUGCUAGUUCCGUUGUCGUCGUCUUCUUUCAUGGAACCUGCGGAAUUGGGAGAGCCAGUCGCAUGUCGUCCGCUCUUCGAGACCUCGGAGUUCACUAUGUGACGCCGACGCUUCCGGGAUGGGGUAACUCGACACCUCGUCGGAAGAACCAGCCUUAUGUCGCGACUUUGCUUUCUGAUUUUACCGAGUUGAUAAAUCAGCUCCACCCCCACAGCGACAAUCUCAGGAUCUACGUUGCGGGAGGAUCAUUUGGCAGCGUCCCUGCACAAAUUUUAUAUGGUUCGCCCUUCGAUACGUUCCCUCUAGGUCGGAAGAUUGUAGGAUGCCUACUUCUAGUACCAUUUUCCCCUUUUCGAUGGCACAAAGGCUACGCAAAAAACAUGAAAUGGCCCAUCUAUGUAUCAAUGGGUGCUCCUUCACAGACAGUUCCAAUGCGGUUCGUUCCCCGUCUAGCGGCCACAUUGACCAAAUGGCAAUUGAAGACCGUGGAUAAAGCUGAAGCCUUCAUCCGGAAGAAUCUAUUCGACAGGGCUAGCGCGCAAGAACGAGAGGCUUUUUUGAAAUGGAAGGAAACAGAAGGGGUGCCAGAGGGACAGCUGGAGCGGGAGACGGCUGAAGAUGCGGUCUCAAGCAUGGCGAAGACGUCGGAAGGUUUCAUGGAAAUGUCUGAUGUUCUUUCUUCAGACUGGGGUUUCCGCCCUGAUUCUCUUAGCGAAGAACAUACACGACGUCCUUUGUUCAUCGUCGCUUCGUCGGAAGACGACUUGGGCCCAGACAUGGCAAAAUGGCUAGCAGAGAAUUACCGUAAUUCUCGGUUAAAGUGGGUGCCAGGUGGGCAUAUAUCGACGACGUAUCAUUCAAGGGAUAUCUGGACGGAGUUUAUUGAGGUGGUUGAAGGAGCUAAGGACGCCGCAUCUCACCCUUGA